AUUAAGCAUCAAAUAAAAGAAGUGAAACAAGUGAAGCAGCCAUGGAAGGGUUUAGAAGAUCAUCAACACUUGUUCUUGUUCCAACAUUCCUUGUUUUGGUUAUUGUGUUAUGUUUAUGUUUAUUUUCCUCAAUGAACCCUAAAAACUUAUCAUCCACCAAUUUUCUCUCUUCGUUUCCCACCAAACAACCUUCCUUGCUUUCUGCAACAAGUGAUCGUGAUGUUGUCAGCCAUGUCAAAAGGGUGAGUAAUGUUGAAGCAGGUUUGGCCAAAGCACGAGCGGCAAUAAGAGAAGCGAUACGAACAAAGAGUUAUACGUCGGACAGAGAGGAAACCUUCGUCCCCAGAGGCUCCGUUUAUCGGAAUCCGUACGGUUUCCAUCAAAGUCACAUAGAAAUGGUGAAGAGAUUCAAGAUAUGGACCUAUAAAGAAGGAGAAAGGCCUUUAGUCCACAAUGGGCCAAUGAAAAACAUAUAUGCAAUAGAGGGCCAAUUCAUAGCCGAAAUAGAGAGUCGAAAAAGCCCAUUUAAGGCUCAAGAUCCGAAUGAGGCCCAUGUGUUGUUCUUGCCGGUCAGCGUAGGGCACAUUGUGAAAUACAUUUAUAUGCCAAUCACUACAUAUGAUCGUGAUCGUUUGGUGAGGAUCUUCACCGAUUACAUCAAAGUCGUGUCCCACAAAUACCCAUUUUGGAAUAGGACCAAUGGUGCUGAUCAUUUCAUGCUCUCUUGCCAUGAUUGGGCACCGGAUAUAUCUAUGAAGGACCCUCAACUUUACAAGAAUUUAAUAAAGGUCCUAUGCAAUGCCAAUAGCUCCGAAGGAUUCCAUCCCAACAGAGACGUUGCAUUGCCGGAAAUAAAGGUGCCUCCUCAAGGGUUCAGUGGUGAACGGCGGUUCAUCCAACCGCCCGAAAACCGAACCAUCCUGGCCUUCUUCGCCGGCGGUGGCCACGGAAACAUCCGUAAAAUCUUGCUUCACCAUUGGAAGGACAAAGAUGAGGAAGUCCAAGUCCACAAGUACCUUCCUGACGGCCAAGAUUACAAUGAAUUGAUGGGGAAGAGCAAGUAUUGCUUGUGCCCGAGUGGGUUCGAAGUGGCGAGUCCUAGAGUGGUGGAGUCAUUUUACGCCGGAUGCGUGCCGGUGAUCAUUUCGGAUAGUUACGUGCUGCCGUUUAGUGAUGUGCUUGAUUGGAGAGAAUUCUCAGUUAAGAUAGCGCCAGAGAAGAUGACGGAGAUUAAGAGGAUACUGAAAGGGAUACCGGAAAAGGAGUACCGGAAAAUGCAGAAGAGGGUGGUGAAAUUGAGACGGCAUUUUGAGUUGAAUAGACCGGCUAGACCUUUUGAUAUUCUUCAUAUGGUGCUUCAUUCAAUAUGGCUUAGAAGGCUAAACACUAUAUUGUUAUAA